AUGCAGCAGGGUGCUACGAAUGAGGAGCGCAAGCCUUGCAACGAGGCCGUCGAGGUCGUGCGAUUGCUAUAUGCCCGCAACGGCGUGCACAACAAGCGUUUCUCCACGACCCUGGUGCUCGCAGUUCGCCGGGGGGGCAUGCUGAGGCCCGGCUUACGCACGGCCUACACUCCGGAGACGACCCGGCGGAUUGUUGUUUGCGUCGCCGCUCUGUUCCUUUCGCCCAUGUGCUUCAGGAGCAGCCUCUCCGCCCUGCGCUUCAUGUGCUUCGCGAGCGUCGCCAGCGUGAUCGUGGUCGGUGCAGUGGUUGGCUACCGUGCCUUCGAGUCGCUGGGGCACGAGCACACCAUCCAGGUCCAGAUGCCAAGUCACCUGAACCGUAUGGUGCAGGUGAUGCCGAACUACAACCUGUGGCCGGAGGACUGGGCAAAGGCGCUCUACGCUCUUCCCAUCUUUGGGGUCUCCUUUUUGUGCCACUUCAAUGCCCUGCCGACACACCAAGAGCUGGCCCGGCCCACACGCCAUCGCAUGCGGCGGGUGAUCCUCGUCACUCUCACGCUGACCUCGUUGAUAUACCUCUUCGUCAGCAUCUGUGGCUACAUCUUUGCUGGCUGCUACACCUGCGGCAACGUCCUCCUGAACUUCCCCUCGGAGGACAACCUCAUCAACGUGGCCAGAGUCGCCCUCGGUAUGGUCUUGAUGCUGAACUUCCCCCUCAUCUGCCAGCCGUGCCGGAACGCGCUCUUCCGGCUCCUGAGCGGCUCCGGCUGCGUGAAGGCGGCCGAGCCGCCGCUCCCGGAGGGAAGCGAUGGCCCCCGAGAGAACAGCUCUGGCUCCUUCAGCAUGGAGAUCGUUUCGACCUCAACGAACGACCUCACCAACGAAGUGGGGCAGGCGGAGCGGCUGCCGCGCGUCAGCGUGGGGGAUCCGAGACUCUCGAGGCAGCGAUCCUCCUCCCCUUCGAGGCAGUCCUCCGCACCAUCGUCACCUCCUCAGGCGUGCGUGCACGUCUACCUCCGCCAGGACACUCGCGGAGGUCGCAGUGAGAAUGGCGGUGCAAGGAACGCAGCUGACGUGCACGUCUUCGACACCUUCCUUCCCAAAGAAGAGGCCAUGCAGCAGGGCGCUAUUGAGCCCACCAGCUGCCAAAGAAUUGUGCUUACAACCCUUCUGCUGGGAACAUCUCUGCUUGUGAGCUGUGUCAUGAAGAGCAUCAUGGUCGUUUGGUCCGUGAUUGGCAGCACAGUAAGCUUCCUCAUAGCCUUCAUCCUGCCUGCGCUUUUCUGGUACAAGGUCGUGGGCCCCACCGCGCGCCCCUGGCGCCGCGCCGCGGCGGCGGGGCUCAUCGCCCUCUGCUGCGUGCUGUCGGCCAUCUGCUUCGUCCUCGCCUGUGUGAACCUGAACGAGCCCCCGUGCCCCACCAAGGGCCUGCCGGCCGUCAAGGUGAUCCAUCAUGAGAUGCAGCUGGAGACGGCCUGA